AGUUUCAGUAUUUCAUUUAUAUCGUAACAUCGACGUGGUGAAUUAGAAAAAAAAAGUAUCUUGCGACAUUGUGUUGUGUUUUGAGUGACGGUGGAAUAAGCAAUAGGGUUGAGGAGGGGUGGAAUAUGGUAAAAGAGUAACAGGAUGUUUUUUAUGCCAUGGCCAAACCUGAUUUGGGAACAAGUUGCAGAUGUUUAUUAUUGGUUUUGGCAAUUCUCCUUCACAAAUCCAUAACAGCUCUAACAGACAAUCGUUGUUUUCUGGAAAAUGGAGCAUCUUCAGAAAACUUUUUUGUCGCCGAAGACCUUGAAGUGGGCUCUGUCAUCGGCCAAAUCCAUGUACACGGUGACCCAAGAAAUGGAGGUUCUAUUGGACUUCGUCUCAAAGAAAAAGAUAGUCCCGUAGCUAUCAUUCCUGGUACGAAAAAUUUAACAUUACGCAAAUCACUUGAUAAAGAAGGAGUAGGAGGACCAUCUUCAGUAUUUGUAAAUUUAAUAUGCGAAAGAAUAGGCACUCUCGAUCCUGGUUUUGUUAUUCCCAUUAACGUCAGAGUAACCGAUGUAAAUGACAACGCUCCUGUUUUUAUCAAUGCUCCAUAUAUUUUGAAUAUCUCAGAAGUGACAGUGGUGGGAACAAGAGUGUUACAGGGUGUUCAUGCCGUAGACAAUGAUCAACAAGGUAUUUUCUCAAGUGUUAAAUACUCGGUGCUUCCGGGACAAAAUUCGGACUUUUUUGAAUUCGAAAAUGAAUUGGAAGGUACUUUAGUGUUGAAAAAACCAUUAGAUUAUGAGAGUUUGAAAAGUUUCGAUGUGCAUAUUCGUGCUCAAGAUCACGGAGAGCCUCCGAAGAAGACUGACACUGUUUUGACAGUUAAUGUAGUUGAUGCCGAUGAUCAAAACCCAAAAUUCCAAGAUGACAGAUACACAGCUGUUCUUCCUGAUCCUCCUAAAAAAGGUUCGCUUCUUAUAAUAAAACCGAGAGAUAUACGAGCCGUUGAUCAAGACUUAGGAAUCAAUUCUCCAGUUUAUUAUACUUUCAACGAAGUCGGUGUGGAAUAUACACUUUUCAAAUUGAACAGAGUUGCCGGUAAAAUCAGUUUAGCUAAAGAUUUAUCUGAGAACGAUCUACCAUAUCCAGUAACUUUAGUUAUCCGGGCCACACAACAAGACAAUCCAGAUAGAUAUGCUUUGGCUACAUUGACAGUAUCAAGAUACAUCGCGAAAGGAAUUAAAUUCCUUCAUAGCACAUUUUAUGUCAGAAUAUCAGAAGCUCUUCCGACAGGUGCUGUUGUUGCAACUUUAUCUAAUAACAGACCUGGUGAACAGUUGAGAUAUUUCGUUUCCGAUCAAAAUAUUUUGAAAACGUUCAGUUUAAACACUAAGGGAGAACUAUCUUUAAAAAAGAAAUUGAGCUAUGAAGAUAGACCGGAAUAUUAUUUCAAAGUUUUUGCAACGGAUGGAAUCACUAACGAUUCCAGCGCUGUUAACAUUUCUGUAGAAAAUGUGAACGAAUGGGAGCCAAGAUUUCGUUAUCCACACUACGAAUUUUUCAUAACUGGACACCCUGAUGAAUUAUUAGGAAGGAUAGAAGCAGCUGAUGGUGAUAAAAACGACAAACUGUCUCUUACUCUAAGUGGUUCCAAUGCCUCCAUGUUUACUAUUUCUCAAAAUGGGGAGUUAAGACUGAAAAACGUAAAAGAUAAUGUAGGGAUGGUUAGUUUCGCAGUAGUAGCAACAGAUAACGGAAGACCGCCCAGAUCUUCUUCAGUACCAGUUACAGUUCAUUUUCCAGAUGUCGGGGACAAAUCAGGAGUUUUCGCUAGUAAGAAAAAUGGUAGUGCGUCUCUUCUUUUGGCCGGCCUUGGUGCAAUAUUAUUAGUUUUAUUAUUUGUAGUCGUCCUACUCGUAGCAUAUAUUUGUAAAGUAAAGCGAUCUCCAAGAUCAGAUACUUCAACUUUACAAUCUGAACGGGAUAAAAAUGGUUUGAAGAAAAUUACCAGUCCAAUGUUUGGAGAUUGUUCUAGACCACCAACUGCAUCCGCAUUGGGAGGUAUACCAAGUGAUAUUAGAUCGAAAAUUCCAAGUCCUAAAGUUCAUCCUGCUCCACAACCUCCUCUAUGGGCAUCUGAUUGUUCGAGAGCGAAGAAAUUAAGUUGGGGAGAUGAUAAAACGGACGCUGAAAGCAACGAAAAUAUCACCGAAGCAGUAAUAACUACUCCAUCAACAUUGCAAAGCAAUACUAAUUUAACAGUAUACUUUUGAUUUAACUCAUUUUUUAUAUUUGUGAAAUUUUGUAUAAUAAUGUAUAGGUCAUAAUAUUGUAAUUAAAGAGUUCAAUAUUUA